GUAGUCAGGUACCAGAGACUCAGGUCCCAGACACUCAGGAAACAGACACUCAGGUACCAAUUUUUGGAACUUUUUUUUUAUGUCUUUAUUUUUUAUUGUUUUUGUUUUGUGAUAUUUGUUACAUUGUGGAAUUAUCGCAUGCUUACCGUAUUUUUUUGAUAUAUAUUUUUUCAGGCCACUGGUUCAGAACCUCAGCCAGUGCACCAUCUUCAUCAGGCGUUCGGGGUGCCGAGUACACUGAUUUAGUGGCUCGGUUGGAUAGGAUCGAGGCUGACACUCAGGGUCUGUAUGCUACUCAUGUCGAGCUGAAGAAGGCAUACGAGACCAGCCAUGUAGAGCUGAAGGGUGGUCAGAACGUAAUUAUGAAGCAGCUCAGAGACAUAUUGGCCACGUUGAAUCGUCCGCCAACGACAGCUUCAGCACCGGAGGCCCCAGCAGAUCCAUCUACCCCACCACCAGCUGCUUCACCCCCAGUAGAAGAGGAUGAGGUCUUCCCCGACGAUUACGAUCCUUAUGAGGGAGCUCCAGCGACUCCGAUCGAGGCACAACCUCUUAUCCAUGUACAUGACACCGAGUCGCAGGGUGAGAUUCUGUCGAUAGAGGCACAACCUGCAGUGGUUAAGAGUCAGAAGAGGAAGAGAAAGCCUCCUGUAUGGUUCGGUGACUAUACGGAGAUGAAGAGGAGACAUAGGCCAUCUUCGACUUUUGAUCCCCUGGAGCCACCGGAUGAGAAAUUAUUAACCACUUUCCGAAAGUGGUGUGUUGGACUCAUUCCAAACCACCGACUUCGGGAUUUGAGAAGUGGUGAUUACGGUCCAGGAUUCUUUUGGAUAAUGCUCACACCAAAGGAAUGGCUUACAGAUGACGUAAGUAAAGUAUUUUAUAAUAUUACUUCACUUUACAACUUUAUGUGCAAUUAAUAUAUUUUUUUGUCUAACUGACAUUUCCCUUCAUAUGCAGCAUAUAAAUGCAGCAAUGCAUAUGCUGAGGAGGCGACGCACCGACUAUCCACUGACAUUUCCUCAGAAGGGUAUCAUUCUCUCCACAUUCGUGACCGCCAUGAUCAGCAGUGCAUGGACGAGCCACAAGGGUCCGAGGAAAAACUUUGUGUGGGAGGAUUAUAUCCUGGACUACUGCACCGGGGCUCAUAAGGUAUUGUUUUAGUAAGAUUUUAAAUGUUAAUUGUUUGGGAAGAUUAUUAUGGUUUGUUAAUUGUUUCGUUGUUCUCUGUAAUUACAGUCCCAAGUCUUUGAGAGAUGGAGGGGUAACGAGUUUAUUUACUUCGUUCUGAACCUUCCCGAGGCAAGGCACUGGGUCACAGUUGAAGUCGACAUAGAGCUGUGGAAAAUUAAUGUCUACGACUGUGAUUCCAGCGUCUGUCAUUGGACCGCCUUGGAACCCAUCCUGAAGGUUUGGGCAGAACUGCUGCCCUCGCUAAUCCUUGCAACCGGGGAAUUUCCACAUAACAACCAGAUCAUGGCGUUAGCUAACUGUGACAUCACGGUGCUUCCAAAAAUGCACUCGACUCGAGCCACUCACGACUUAGUUCCGAAGUCAGCAACCAGUGGUGAUUGUGGCGUCUAUUGCAUUGAGUAUGUGGAGCAUCUCAUGAUGCAGCGUGGAUUGACCGAUGUGACGCCAGACCGGAUAGCUAUGUUUCGUCAACGGUGGUGUGUUGAUUUAUUUUACCAAAAUGUCGGC